ACUGCAGUUUGCGUCGAGAGAGCUGACUGCCUUUUUUCUUUAGAGUAGCCAGGAGGAGUGUUUAUUUUUAGCGCGAUUUACUGAACAACUAUAGCAACAAGUUUGUUUGUGUCGUUUUAACAACGUUUUUAAUAGAGUCGCUUGACUUUUCACAUCCCAUAAUUGGCCGGUAUCAGCGUUUCCUGUCGGUUCUGACAACCAUCUGCCGGCUGGUGAAGCUGUCAGGAUGUCUGACAACAAGGAAAGUGAGGAUUUAAAAACUCAAGGGGAAGGAACUGUCAGUGUGUCCUACAUCUUCCCCAAUGGGGACAGAUAUGAGGGGGAGUGCAGCAAGUCUGAAUCAGGGGUGAUAAUGAGAAGCGGGACUGGUAAACACACCUCAGCAGGGGGCAUCAUAUACACUGGACAGUGGCUAGAAGACAAAAUGCAGGGCAGAGGGACUCUGCAGCAUCCCUCUGGAUCGCUCUAUGAAGGAGAAUUCAAAGACAACAUGUACCACGGCACGGGAACAUAUACCUUCCCCGAUGGCUCUACUUACACAGGUCACUUUCACAAGAACAGGUUGGAGGGAGACGGGACGUUCACUAACACACAGGGACAGGUUUGGACGGGGGAGUUCCAUGGCAAAGCAGCGCUGGGACUGAAAAUGCAGCACAACAUUUAGGCAAAACAAGUAUUAUUGUACUGCACUGAUGGUAUUAAAAGAAGACUCAUCAUAAAAAAAUGUACAUGCUUUCAGGCUGUUCUUGUGAAUGUGAUAAAUAUAUUUGCUGACUACAUAUGUUUCUGCCAACACCCAAAGACCACACAACCAUGUAUUUAUGUGUAUUGGAGACUAAAUAUGCAACUAAUGAGUCAUGUGUUUGCCUGGAGUCACUUUCUCAGCUGCAUCUCCUGCUUUACUGGCUGCCAACAAUUAUUUGGCUAGUCGAUAGUCAGAAAAAAUAUUCGCCAACUAUUUUGAUAUGCCAUUAAUCAUUAAAGUUUUUUUGGUGAAAAAAUGUAUAAAAGAAAUAAAUAAAACAGUCACAUGAAAACUGCAGACUGUUUACACAGAGCAGAGAGGAGAGGACAAGAGAUGUUCUAAGUAGAGGUUGUAAAAAUGUAAAUAUUCCAAUAUGUGUAGGAUGUGGAGCCACCAUUUUUCCAAUGGUAAGAAUUGCAGGCAUUUUGAAAUAUAUAUAUAUAUAUAUAUAUAUAUAUCUUUUUUGAUAAGCCAUUAAUCUAUAAAUAAUAUUUUGUGUGUGUAGAAAUGUCAGAAAGUAGUGUUUUCAGCCUGUCAAAUAUGGAUAUUUGAUGAUUUUCUCUGUUUUAUCUCAUAUGAAACUGAAUUUUGGGUUCUGGACUAAAAAACAAGAUAUUUAAAGUUAUGACCUUAGAUUUUGACAAUCUGGGGUGAACACUUCUCUAUUUUAUGACAUUUUAUACACC